CGGAAGGUUUGAAAAUAUGAAAAGAAAAAGAGGGGAAAUCGAGGGUUCUGAGAAUUACGAUGAACCAGCAAGGACCAUUAAAAGAUUUUUUASGGCUCCUACAUCAGAGCAUACCAAGUCAAACAAAGACUCAAAACAAGUGUCAACACCCAAAYCAUUAUCAAAAUGGAAAUGGAACAAAACACUGUUAUAUUAUGACGAUGAUGUCAAACCAUCAGACAAGAUCGCAGCAUUUGACUUUGAUAACACAUURGUAAAAACAUCCUUGUAUAAACACGGUGUAGAUGCUUGGUCAAUCUUGUAUCCAAACUGUUUGGAAAAAUUAUCAACAUUACACAAAGAUGGUUUUAAGCUUGUGAUAUUCACCAAUCAAGCUGGGAUUGGUAGAGCAAAGACUGCAAGAGAAAAGAUUAUUGCAGAGAAAAAAGGAAGACUUUUGGGUUUUGCAAAAAAGGCUGGUUUACCAUUUCAGAUAUUUGUCUCUACUCAAAAGGAUAAUUAUUACAAACCCAACCCAGGGAUGUGGAACUUCAUGAGUACAGAAAUGAAUGGAGGAAAAGAUAUUGAUAAAGAUCUCAGUUUCUUUGUUGGAGAUGCAGCAGGAAGGAAGAAGGACCAUAGUGAUGCAGACAAAAAAUUUGCUGAAAAUUGUGGACUGAUUUUCUACACUGAGGAUGAAUUUUUCAGCUUAAAAAAGUGAUGUGCCAGGUUGUUAACAAACAAAGUACUUAUCAAUGGCUUCUUUUUUAUUUAUUGAUAUUCGUAUAUAAUACCACUGCUCAAAAAGAAUUAAUGAAAAAUAACUCGCAUACUACUCUUCCCAGUAGACCAUUACACCCCCCAYGUUUUCAAAAAUUGUUGAUAAAAAUUGAUAGCAUGAUCUCAUUUUGUGUACCAUGUGAUGAGCUUUUGGAUGUACCACGUGAUCAAAAUUUGUUGGCGUAAACCAAUUUUGAUCACAUGGUACAUCCAAAAGCUCAUCACAUGGUACACAAAAUGCGAUCACGCGAUCACUUUUUUCCAGCUGCUGGAGGGUUUAAAAGCUCCUCUGGAURGGUUGAAAAAUGUAAGGUGUAACGGUCUACUGGGAAGAGUAGUAUUUCAUGAAAGUGGCUUGAUACCAUAUUUCCCAUUACAAUAAUUAAUUUUAGUUUGAAAAAUAAUUCUGAAUUUUUUAAAUUAAAUCUAAGUUGGUAUAUAAUGUCAAUAUCAGCUUCUUGACUUGUUUGGUUUUGAAGCUUUCUUGGUACUCAUUAUCUUGACAAUUUGGUUUGACUCGUCAAUCAUUUCAUCCUUAUGCAUCACUCUCUUCUUGCCAGUAUUAUCGAGACACUCUGCUCUGACAUAUUCUCCAGCAAGUAAACAAGCUGGAGGAUGACAAAGUACAUUAAAMAGUUUACCAAC